GAUCUGCUGCCCAAAAUGCUUCUUAGGAAAUGUAAGGUUUUUGUUCUCCUUGUCUGUAUCAGUGCCGUCUAUUUGUUCCUGUAUAGAGAGACAUAUUCCAGAUUUUCAAAGACUUUUUUUGAAUACACGUCUCCUCUUCUGGACUCAAGCCCAUGUGCCUGUCAGAAGUGUUUAUCAGAGGGUGAUCCGUGGUUUAUAGGGCACUUCAACAAGUCUGUUCAGCCCUUUUUGACUAGCGAAUACAAUAUCCCAGAGGAUGCCUUCAACUGGUGGAAGCACUUGCAGAAUGAUAGGAGCAGCCUCACAGACUACAGAGAAGUAGUGGACAAGCUGUUUCAGAUCUUCCCCAACAGACAGUACAACACAGAGCCCAGCCCUGAUAAGUGCAGGACCUGUGCUGUAGUGGGCAAUUCUAUGAAUCUGAAGGGCUCACAUUAUGGAGCCCUCAUUGACUCUCAUGAUAUCAUCAUAAGAAUGAAUGGUGGCCAUACCCAGGGCUAUGAGGCAGAUGUUGGGACCAGAACAACUCAUCAUGUCAUGUAUCCAGAGAGUGCAAUGGAUUUAGGUAACACCACUCAUCUUGUGCUGUUUCCAUUCAAGACCAUGGAUCUGCGGUGGCUGGUCAGCGCCUUCACCACUGGAUCAAUUACAGUCACAUACACAACUGUGAAAGCAAAGAUAAAAGCUAAUAAGGAUUUGGUGAUGGUGCUCAGUCCAGCUUUUAUAAAAUAUGUUCAUGAAGUCUGGCUGGAUAAUCCGGCUCACACGUAUCCAUCCACCGGCUUUAUGACUGUGGUUCUCAGCCUGCACAUGUGUGAUGAGGUCAGUGUGUUUGGGUUUGGAGCAGACAGCGAUGGAAACUGGAGCCACUACUGGGAAAAACUCAAGGACAAACAAUUCCGAACUGGGCUUCAUAAAGGACCAUAUGAAUUUAAAGUUAUUCAGCAACUAUCUGAGCGACAGAAACUUGAAAUGUUUAAAGGGUUGUGAUCUCCCUCUCUCUCUCUCAGUAGUUUGAAAGUUUUCAGAAGCCACCUUGAGAACAAGUCAUUCUUAAAGGGGGAUCAGGAACAGGCUGCUGCCAGUUUAACCAGACCCAGCUGGGUGCUGCUGCUCUGGCUGUUUCCCUUGCUGCACCACUUGCACAGCAGCCCACUGCCAGCCACCUC